UUUCUUGUUUGGCUGUGCAAAGACUCACACUCUGUGACUCUGGUUGUAUCGAAAAAACCCAACCAAACGCCAAGUGUUGUUAACCUGAAAUUUGAUUUUGCAUCCACUCCUCACAUCACCUUCCUCGUUCGUAUCGUUCUAUAUAAAACGCUCUGUAAUCUCAUUUCUUUGACUUACACUCUCUGUCUAUCGAAUCCUCGUCUCCCUCCAUGGCUUCCUGUAGCCUAGGAGUUCCGAAGAUUAGGAUCUCAGCGGUAGACGUGAGUAGAGUAAGAUCUGGAAGCUUACAGAUUCCAUACAGUCAAAGAUCAUUGUUUGUUCAAAGGCGGGUUAAGUACUUGAGUCUGAGGAAAAGUGUUGGAUCUUUGAAAGCUCUCCAAGUGUCUACUGUCACAGCUGUGGAAACAUCAGCUACUGUUGAAGUAGAAGAUGCUGAAAAGACCAAGUCAUCUCCGUUGAACGCUCAGCUCGUUCCCAAGCCCUCUGAGGUGGAAGCUCUUGUCACUGAGAUAUGUGAUUCCUCAUCAAUUGCAGAGUUUGAACUGAAACUAGGGGGUUUCCGCCUAUAUGUAGCAAGGAACUUAGCUGACAACAACAUUAGUCCACCACAACCUCAGCCAACUCCUGCUGCCCUUUCUGCAAAUGCCGUUACCGAGAGUGCUGAUUCUAAUGGAUCAGCUUCCUCUACUUCAUUAGCCAUCACAAAACCAGCAUCUUCAGCUGCUGAUCAGGGUUUGAUUAUUCUCCAAUCUCCAAAAGUAGGAUUCUUCAGGAGAUCCAAAACCAUAAAGGGUAAACGCACUCCUUCCUCCUGUAAAGAGAAAGACCAAGUGAAAGAAGGUCAAGUUCUUUGCUACAUUGAGCAACUCGGUGGCCAGUUCCCUAUCGAGUCUGAUGUUACUGGAGAGGUUGUCAAGAUACUCCGAGAGGAUGGAGAGCCUGUAGGAUACAAUGAUGCUCUCAUCUCGAUCCUUCCUUCCUUCCCUGGGAUCAAGAAGCUUCAGUAGUACUAGAACCAGACUUGAGCUGGUUUUGAGUUGUGAAACUGUGUCUUGUGUAUGCUUUUAGAACAAAUAACUUCAUUCAUAUCUCUCUUUGUUUCUGUUUGUCUUUUACUUGUCUGAAAGUUUUUCUUCAACACAUUGUUUUAUUCUGUUGUUUACUUAUAUGAAAAACUUUCUGAUA